UGGGAACCUAUCUCCUCCCCGCGGAACCUUUGCUGCCGAGGCGCCUGUUGCCGCCCGGGGGAUCCUGUCGCUACGCUGGCCGGGGGGACGCUUACCGAGGCGGACCCCGAGCGGAGCCUGAGCGCGGAGCCGAGGCAGGAGCGAGGAGGCGCGGGCGGAGCCGAGCCGCUCCCGGGGCCGGCAAGGUACCUGCAGCGGGAGGAGUCGCCGAGCCCCGCGGCCCGGCCCGCAGCCCCGCCGGGGAGGGCUGCCUUGCAAUAGACCAUGAGCAGGUAAUGCACAAGGAGCACCACUGGGAAUCAUGUCAGACGAGUCAAUCUCAGGGAGUGAUCCAGACCUGGACCCGGACUUGGAGCAGGAGGAUAUGGAAGAGGAGGAGGAGGAAGAUGAUGAGGCAAUGGAGGAGGACAAUGACGGGGAUGACGAGGAAGACUUACUUGAUGAGAAUGACCAGCCCCAGGAAGAUGUGUUCAGCAAUGACCAUGUUCAGCAUGGGGACGAUGGGGAAUGGCAACGCUCUACUUCAACUACCUCAUCUCAGAGCGAGCGGGCGGAGCGACUCUUGCAGAACCAGCACAAGAGCCUGGCCUCUGAGGACACCAAAAAGAAGAGGGCUCAGAAACCUUCUCACAUGAGGAGGAACAUAAGAAAGCUGCUGCGGGAGGAUCAGCUUGAGGCUGUGACAAAAGCAGCCCAGCUGGAAGAGUUGGAGAGAAGGAAACGACUGGAGCAGCAGCGAAAGGAUUAUCCGGCAGCCAUCCCCACUGUACCGCUAGAGUUCCUUCCAGAAGAAAUAGUUUUAAGAACAGCGGAGGCCACUCAGCUUCCACCUCAGGUGCUAGCUGAGGAAGUGAUCUGCUUGGAUAGCACCAGCAGUGGCAGUGAAGAUGACACGAAAGGCAUACUACAUAGCAUUAAAGAUGAAGUGAUCGAAUUGAGUUCAGGAGAGGAUGAGGCCCUCCAGAUUGUGGACAGCAGCGACUCUGCCAACGAGGGAGAAGAUGGGGAUGGUACUGAAGAGAGCAGUGGCUCUCAUGUGAAUGACGCCUUCAAUCAGUCGGAUUCUCUGGGGCAGGUCAUUGUCAACAUCAACCAUCCACCCAAUGAAGAGGACAUUUUCCUGGCUCCGCAGCUUGCACGGGCAGUAAAGCCUCACCAGAUUGGUGGGAUCCGGUUCCUGUAUGAUAAUCUGGUGGAAUCCCUGGAGAGAUUUAAAAGCAGCAGUGGGUUUGGGUGUAUCUUGGCCCAUAGCAUGGGGCUGGGCAAGACCAUCCAGGUCAUCUCUUUCUUGGAUGUACUUUUCCGGCACACGGAGGCAAAGACUGUCCUUGCCAUUGUACCUGUAAACACUCUCCAGAACUGGCUGGCAGAAUUCAACAUGUGGCUCCCUGCACCUGAAACCCUCCCUGCUGACUAUAACCCAAAAGAAAUUCAGCCACGCUUCUUCAAAGUCCAUAUCCUGAAUGAUGAACACAAGACAACGGCUGCCCGUGCAAAGGUGGUGACUGACUGGGUGACAGAUGGCGGGGUGCUGCUGAUGGGCUAUGAGAUGUACCGUCUCCUCUCACUGAAGAAGUCCUUUGCCACUGGCAGGAAGAAGAAAACAAAGAAACAAACUGGCCCGGUCAUUAUUGACUUAGAUGAGGAGGACCGGCAACAGGAGCUUCUGAAAGGGAUUGAGAAGGCUUUAUCCCGCCCUGGCCCGGAUGUAGUUAUCUGUGAUGAGGGACACCGGAUAAAGAACUGCCAUGCCAGCACAUCCCAGGCCCUGAAGAACAUCCGCUCCAGGCGGCGGGUGGUACUGACGGGCUACCCGCUCCAGAACAACCUGAUUGAGUACUGGUGCAUGGUAGACUUUGUCCGUCCUGACUUCUUGGGUACCCGGCAGGAGUUCAGCAACAUGUUUGAGCGCCCCAUCCUGAACGGGCAGUGUAUUGACAGCACGCCGCAGGAUGUCCGUCUCAUGAGGUACCGCAGUCAUGUCCUGCAUAGUCUGCUGGAGGGGUUUGUGCAGAGGAGAGGCCAUAACGUACUAAAGGCUCAGCUUCCCUAUAAAGAAGAACAUGUCAUCCUGGUACGACUGUCAAAAAUCCAACGGGCUCUCUACACAGAGUUCAUGAACCGGUUCCGGGAUGCAGGCAACAGUGGCUGGCUGGGAUUGAACCCGCUCAAGGCUUUUUGUGUCUGUUGUAAGAUCUGGAAUCACCCAGAUGUGCUGUAUGAGGCACUGCAAAAAGAGAAUCUGGCAAAUGAGCAGGAUCUGGAUGUGGAUGACCUUGGCACAGCUGGAACUAAUUCUCGCUGUCAGCCACAGGGAAUAAAAGUCAAAACAGAGACUAAUGCUUUGGCAUCACCAGUUGGAGAAGCUACCAACAGCAAGUUCCUUCAGGGCAUUGGCUUCAACCCCUUUCAGGAGAGAGCAAAUCAAGUAGUUACUUACGAGUGGGCCAAGGACAUCUUGUGUGAUUACCAAAUGGGAGUUUUGGAGAACUCGCCCAAGAUGGUGUUACUGUUCCACCUGAUUGAGGAAAGUGUGAAGCACGGAGACAAGAUCUUGGUCUUCAGCCAGAGUCUGUCCACAUUGUCUGUCAUUGAGGAGUUCUUGGCCAAGAGACCAAUGCCCAAUCCUUCAGGCUCAGAUGUGCAAGGCGUUCAUAACUGGGUCCGAAAUCUCAACUAUUACAGACUGGAUGGCAGCACUUCUGCCUCAGAAAGGGAACGAUUGAUUAACCAGUUCAAUGACCCGAGCAACAGCUCUGUUUGGCUCUUCCUUUUGUCCACACGAGCUGGGUGUUUGGGUGUCAACCUGAUUGGCGCUAACAGAGUGGUGGUGUUUGAUGCUUCUUGGAACCCAUGCCAUGACGCACAAGCAGUGUGCCGGGUGUACCGCUACGGACAAAGGAAGCCAUGCCACAUUUACCGACUGGUUUCGGAUUACACCCUGGAGAAGAAAAUCUAUGACCGCCAGGUCUCCAAGCAGGGGAUGUCAGAUCGUGUUGUGGAUGAUCUGAAUCCAGUGCUGAACUUCACCCGGAGGGAGGUGGAGAACCUGCUGCACUUCGUAGAAGAGGAGUCAGAUCCUGCCCAGCUGGCAUUGGACUCAAACAAGAUGAAGGAGUCUGUCUUACAGCUAGCCUGUCUCAAAUACCCUCACCUUAUCACCAAGGAGCCUUUCCAGCAUGAGUCGCUGCUGAUUGACCGGAAGGAGCACAAGCUGACCAAGGCAGAGAAGAAGGCAGCAAAGAAGAGCUAUGAGGAAGAGAAGCGAGCAUCCAUCCCCUACACCCGUCCGUCCUAUGCACAGUAUUAUCCAGCCAGUGACCAGAGCCUAACAAGCAUCCCUGCCUUCAGUCAAAGGAAUUGGCGACCAGUCUUCAAGGGUGAGGACAAGCCAGUGGCAAGUGUCCGCCCUGUUCAGUCCACCCCCAUUCCUAUGAUGCCUCGGCAUGUCCCGUUGGGUGGCGUGGGUUCGGCAUCUGGUUCCAACCCUGCUGUCAACUUCCCCAUCAACUAUCUGCAGCGAGCUGGUGUCCUUGUUCAGAAGAUUGUCACCACAACAGAUAUUGUGAUUCCAGGCACAAACACAUCCACCGAUGUGCAGGCGAGAAUCAGUGCUGGUGAGAGCAUCCACAUAAUUCGGGGGACUAAAGGGACGUACAUCCGCACCAGCGAUGGGCGGAUUUUUGCUAUCCGGACCACUGGAAAGCCGAAGGGCAGUGAAGACCGUCGAACAGCUGCCUCAGGCUCUCAGGGUCUGUCUCUGGAAUCCACAAGCAAUGGCAGACACAGUGCCUCAUCGCCUAAGCUCCCUAACACAGAGGAGCUCACUCGGCCCAUUUCCCCCGACAGCCCGGAGAUCAUCAGCGAGCUGCAGCAGUAUGCCGAGGCAGCCGCUGCCCGGGAGUCUCGCCACAACUCCCCCAGCACUAACACUGUGCACGGACGUCCUGCCCGGACAGACAACGCGGCCACCUUAGCAGCCCGGGGAGCUGAGCAGCGAUUGGGCCUCCAUUGCUUAGCUCCGUCAGGUUCUUCAGCCCUGCCAGCCACCAGCCAACAUGCCGAUGGUCACUCAGUGCUGGACUUACGGGGCAACAAGCGCAAGUCGACCUCGCCCUCUGUCCCGGAGGAACCAGCCCGUCGGCAGCAGAAAAAGCGCCACCUGCCAACGUCUGUUCAGUCGUACGAACACGGGUACCCAGUCUCUGGUGGGUUCACCAUGCCCCCUGUUUCUUUAAACCACAACCUAACCCAUCCAUUUGCCCCCCAAGCAGGAAACUCCUUGUACAUGGGCACUGGCUCAUCCUACUACCAGCUGCCCAAUUUACUACCAGACCCUCAGCUGGUGUUCCCUGUGACUACUGACCCUCUGCUGACAGCCGGCACCGCCAGCUCCUCUGCUGCUACCUCAGCCACCGCCAGCGUCCCCUCGUUCAUGCUAAACCCCUCUAUGACGGGGAUGCUGCCCAGCUACUCACUUCCCUUCACGCAGUCACUCCUGCCUGAGCCCAGGAUGUUUGCUCCUUUCCCAGCCCCAGUUUUGCCUAGCAGCCUUCCCAGGAGCAUGGCGUCUGCCUACCCUGGCUACAUGUCCCCUCAUUCGGGCUACCCAGCUGGGGGCCUCCUGCGGUCCCAGGUGCCUCAGUUUGAAUCCCAGGAGGCCUCAGAGGUGGGAUGCAGCUCCAAUGAUGACGAGGACAAAGACGACGAUGUAAUAGAGAUCACAGGGAAAUAAUGGGCCCAGUUCCUGUUAGAUCUCAGCUUAGCCAGGAGGCAAAAGUUUCAGGACCUUUCUGGAGUCAGGAUUUCCCCUCUGGGCUAUGGCAGCAGGGCUGGAGGAGGAGACGUUUUUAGAUGUCAAGGAUCUGCAUUGU